AUGCCAAAGAAGAAGGCUGUUGAAGUUGUGAUUGAGGGCGACGACGUGCCUGUUGGGUGGGAACAGAGAGAAUCGUCGCCCUCGCAGCUGCGGCAAUGGCGGGAAGAAGAAAAGUUGAUGAUGAAGGAGAAGGAGAAGGAGAAGGAGAAGGAGGAGGGUGGUGGGGAGGAGAAUGCGGGUAUAGAUAACACAGUCCCAAGCAGUGAGUAUGAAAAGCGAAUCACACAACAAUUACGAUGGUUAUUAGAUGCGAGUCAAGUAAACUUGCGGGAGUCUGUGAAAGUGGGUCGUAUUGCUGUUGCGGCUGUAUUUUUUCAUCAAGGAGCUCCUGUUGCGAUUACAUUCAUUAUGUUGCUUGUGUCCUGCGUUCUUUAUCCAUCUGUUCAGACGAUAACAUGUACGGUACUCUUUUUUGUACUUUAUAUUAUAUGUUUAACGAUGCAGGUAUAUUUAUUGUGGGCCCGUAUUACGGAAAAGAAAGUACGCACAGCUUAUGUUAUGGAGAAAGUACUCACACGAUGGCAACAUCGUGUUAACGCUAUGUCUACUAUGCGGCGACAAACUCAAAGUGAACGUCGUGCGGUAUUUCGUGAAUGUAUGGCAGUAUUACCAGCAAGAGCAUUUCGUAUGGUAGCAGCGGCUUCUGCAGAUAUUCUCACCGCAGGAAGAUUAAAGUAUGUUCUUAAAUGUGUAUUAGUAAAAGGAGCAUUACGAUUGGAUGAGGUCACACUCGUCGCCCGACGAUAUACAGAACCUGUUUUUCUGUGUAAAUUAGUGGAUGUUAUGCGAAUUACAUUAGAAAGUGAUGCCAUUGUACUUCGUCCUCUACGUGAUCGUGCGAGACCCCCACGACUCCCUAAUCUACACAUUGCACGUGGUUCAAUAGAAGAAGAAGAAGAGGCAAACACAACUGAUGAUAGUGAUCAUGAUCAUGAUCCACGAACUGAUCUCAGUGGGGCGAACUCUAAUUCAGUUUCACAAAAGAUGGAGUUUUUGGUUCAUCGUCUUUUUCUCUUAGCAUGGGUACUUGGUAUGAUGCUAGCCAUUGCGGCUGGUUUUCUCUUUUAUGUUCGUGUGGCCGCCCCUAUUGGAGAAGGUGUUUUUCUUUAUCCCGCUGUUGCCUUACUUGGUAUGUUGCCUGUGAAUGCUAUUUUAUUAAAUCGUGUUCUCGUUAUGUAUGCAAACAUUUACCUAGAUCGUCUUUUUCAUCAUCUUGUAUCUAAACCAUCACACUCACUGGAUGAUCGUAUUCCACGUUUUUCAUUUCUAUCUACUUUGCAGGCAUUACAACGUGUAAUCUGGCGUCAUCCUGGUCGUCAUCCACUUUGUUUCUCAUCUUCUAUAGUGGAAUCACUUGGAAUGGCUACAGUUGUGGCAUUAUUAGAUACCACAGGUGUAGUUACCGAUAUGGUACCACUCCCAACACGAUUAUUAAUGCUAAAGAGAAAUGAGGAUCCAGAAAGUUCUUCCAGUUCAGAUGAUGAAGGUAUUGUAAAUAAUUCUACUGGUGGUAAUCCUUCUUUUCUCACUCCUAUGGCUAAUACAACAACUAAUACUACUACUACUACUACUACUAAUAAUAAUAAUAAUAAUAGUAAUCUUGUUGUUGAUGGUGGUUCUGGAGAAACUGCUGGAAUGACUAGUGGAAUGCCUGAUGGAGAUGCCGCCUCAGAGCAUAAACGUGAACUUAAAAAACAAGUACGACGUAAAAAAUUUCAGGAACGACGUUUUCUUGAAUUACAACUUAAUCCAAGUCCAAGAGAAGAUCUUGCUGUACAAUUUGCCGAUGAAAAAGAAUUUCAGCAGCGUAGAGUAAAUGUGAAUCCUGUUUCAUUAUGUUUACUAUUACAUGCAUUGGCACCAGAACCCACAAAUCUUGAAACUUGGAUGGAACCUUUUCGUUUCUGUGAUCGUACAUUACGAUGGGCUCGAAGUACACAUUGGAUUCCACUUGCUAGUGGAUUUGAUGAUAGUCUGGCAUCUACAUUUCGUGUUAUUGCCCGUAUUUUUCAGGUGAAUACCACUAUACGAACAGGAUACCGUAAUGAUUACCCAGAACAGGCAUGUACAUUACUUGUAGAAGAUGAAAGUGGUGUAUUUCAUGCUUUUACAGUUGGUACUGUAUAUACCGUUACGCAUAAUUGUCCUUUUCACUUUACCGGUUCUUCUAUUGAGGAACUGGAUGUAGAAGCACGUGCAGAACUUGUGCAUGUUGGAAAGAUGGUAUGGGAAGAAGGAAUGGGACUUGAAACGGUGGCACUUUCUCAUCAAAUGUUACCCGAUAGUUAUCACAGUUGUGCAAAGCAAUUACCAUUAAAUGGAUCUAGCUAUAGUGAAUUCUUUUUUCGUAAUGGUGUUCAGGUGACUGGGAACGACACUGUACAAGAUGGGACAAAUACCGAUAAAAGUGGUACAAAUAGCAUCUAUAGUAGAACUAGUGAGAAUCAUAAUCCUAUUAUACAACAACAACAACAACAACAACAACAACAACAGCAGCAACGGGAAGAAGAAAAGAAAGAAGAAAAAGAUAAAGAGAAAUUGUCUACUCCUAUUAAUAAUCUUGAAAAUAAUAAAAGUACAGAUGAUGUUAAUAGUAAUAGUAGUGUUUCAUCUCUUGAUGGCCUUCUUAGUUUUCUUACUGGAAGUUCUCAUGUAUUUUUGGGUCUUGUAGGAUUACGUGAUUCUGUUCGACCUAAUGUACAGACGGCUAUGUCUGUAUUGGAAGAGGCUGGUAUUCGUUGUAUGUAUUUUUGUGCGGAUAAUGAGCGACGAACAAAGAGUUUUGGUAGUCGUCUUGGUUUAGAGACAGAUUGGAAUUGUUGUAUUUCUUUAAAGGAAGGAGCGGUUACACUUGACCGGUAUAGUAUUCGUGCACAACUUCCUGUUGGUAUUAAAUCUAUACGAAAACAUAUUUUACAUGUAGACCCUAUUCCUUUACAAGUAAAUAUGUUUUCUCAUGCCAAUGGAGCUUCUACACGUGCGAUGCUUUCUAUAUUGCAGGAUAAUCAUGAAGUGGUGGUUUCUAUUGGUUCUGUUUUUAAUCACGGUAAUGUACGAAGUUUUAUUCAAUCGGAUUUAUCUUUUGGUGUGUUACCAACUCGUCGUGGGACUGCAGCAGAAAAGGAAGAAACUCGACUACGGAGUCAUUGUCGUGUGGUAGAGCCUUCAGACUUUCAUCAUAUUAAUACUUUUAAUAAUAAUACUAAUAAUACUAAUAAUACGGUUGGUGGUAGUAGUAAUAGUAAUAGUGGUGUUUCACUUAAUAGAGAUCUCCCUUUAUAUCGCAAUGUGGCGGAACUCAUUGCGUGUUCCUGUACACUUUCUGCCUCCCCCACACCGGCGAUUCUCCCAAUCGUGACAACACUCAUUCGACAGGCACGACUUCGAUUAAGUGGAAUUGGAAAUUGUGUAGAGUUCGCCAUGCAUGCGAAUUUUCUUGUAACGAUGGUGAAUCUCGUUGCCUUGGAAACCGGAGCUCCAUUACUGAUAAGUCCCACUUCUGCUGUAUUUGAGUUAAAUGUGAUUAUUCCCAUUCUUGCCCUUUCCUGUACCUACACUGCCUAUGCAGAUAUGGAUCCUAUGAAAACUAUUUCCUCUCGUCAUAAUUACUUUGUACGAUUGGCAAUCUUCCGUCAUAGUUCUGUUGUCUGGUGUCUGCGGUAUCUUCCCUCAUUGAUUGCGUUAUUAAUUCUCGGGAUUACGUGCGGUGUGCGGGUGUGUGAGCGGCCGGUGUUGGAACUCGCCCUUUACGCCUCAGACGCAUGCAUGACCACAACGCGUGGGUAUAUUGCCCUCACAUUAAAUUAUUGGCUGAUGAUUCACAGUUGGACGCAUAUGAGUCGACAUCAACCACUCUCACCGGAUUUAUCUUUUAAAACGCGUUACGGUAAACGAUCCAUGUAUUUAUUUAAAUCAUUUCGAUGGGUCUUUGCGAGUGUGCUCGCAACGGCGUUAAGUGUAUUGUUUGUGAUUGUAGAUACCGCGCGGGAUGGAGUGACUGCACGGGCCUUUUAUCCAUCGCAUGUACAUUUCUUUGCAUCUCUCUUCUUUCCGGUGUUGUUGUUAUUAUUGGAUGUGCCGAUUAAAGCCUGGCGAGCCCGGCGAUUUGCGGCCAUGCAGAAAUUUCGUCGAUUGUCAUUUGGCACUCGACUUGGAAUGCACUCACCGCGUGGAGAUUAUGAACCAGAGGGAUUUACUUAUAAUAACAAUAAUAAUAAUAAUAAUAAUAAUACUACUAGUACUAAUAAUAAUAGUCAUACCACAGGAACAGCAUCGGAUCAUGAGGAGGAGCGAACACCGACGUUUAAGCAGCGGGUGCAUGAUAUCUUCUACCGCUUUACAACUAUGCAGAGAGGAAAACCGGAAUUGAAUUGUGUUUGUUGUGAUCACAUUGGAGGGAAUUACGCAACGUAUCAUAUUAAUGCAAACGAUAUGUAA